UCUGUCCGCGCAGCCUGCUGUUGGCUGCGACAAACCGGGAAACUGCACAGUGAAAACCCUCACAGGAGCAGAAGCGCCCGCGUUUGCCUCAUUAAAUCGACUAAAAUGGAACUGUGCCGUUUUUUGAAAAUGCGUACCAGCGGUCUAAAUGUUUGGAUAAGUGAGGACACGUCUGGAAUUGUGGAGAUAUAGACGACUUUGCGGUUUGCAGCUGUCAAGAGAAUAAAACGCUGUCGGCUCUGAAGGGUUUCUGGCUCGCUUGUCACCCUAAUUUGCUCAAUUUUGCCUUAUUUUUCAGUCGGCCACCCUCCACCGCCAAGGGUAUGAGUGCAAAGGAGCAGGACCGGCUGCGCUCCCUCUUUCACUCCUACGACCUGGAUAACUCGGGGCGCAUCGAGAGAAACGAGUUUCUCACCAUCUGCGCGGAGCUGCAGGUGUCGGCUGCUGAAGCCGACCGGAUAUUUAACCGACUGGACGUCGACCAGGACGGAACCAUCACCCUGCAGGAGUUCAUCAGCGGAUUCCACGACCGGUACAGGGAUGUCAUGGAGCCUGACGGAGGAGACUCGUCCGCCGCCUGGGAGAACUUCGAGAGGAAAAUCGGCGAGCUGGCCAAGUUCAUCCCCAGGAAUGAACAAGCAGCUACGUUGUACCAGAACCUCAGUCUGAAUGAGCCCAGACUGAUACCUCAGCUUGAGAAAGUCAUCAUAAACUUCAUCAAAGAGAUCAAACAGCAGAAUUCAGAGAUGGAGAAUCUGGCUCUUGCCAUCAAACGAGCACAGGACCAAGCAUCAAUGCAGCUCAGUGAAAUGGAGGAGGAGAUGGACCAACGCAUUCAUGCUACUGAGAGAAAAACACGAGAUCAGGAGAAGAAGCGAACAGAGGCUGCGCUCAGUGAGUUACGACGAUCUUAUGAAACUGAAGUGUGUGAGCUGCAGUGUAAGAUCCAGAGGAUGCAACUGAUCGAAGAGAAGUACAAGAACAUCACUGUGAAAGACGAGAGCCCAACGUUGAAGAAGAAGAUCAAUGAGCUAACACUGGAGAACCAGCGGUUAAAACAGGAGCUGCUGAAGUCUCAGACCAAAGUUGCCUGUCUGCAUAGUGAGAUGGACUCACUGAAGACGGAGCUAACUGAUCAAAGCAUCAGCUCUGAACGAGACGAGGAGCUCAUGAAACACUUCUCUGAUGAGCGAGACAUCCUGGAGAGCCAGAUUGAGAUUCUGCAGAUAGCCAACAGGAAGCUCCAUGACACCAACGAUGGGUUAAGGGCCGCUCUGGAGAGGAUCACCAGGUCUGGUAACGGGGGCUCACCGGGGAACAUCAAGGACAGAAGCAGAAGUAAAAGCAUCUGCUACACAUCACCUUACGCAUUAAUGGACAGGUUCUGCCAGCGUAUGGAUGAUUACCCUCUGUACGGCAGCCGGCCCAGCUGUGACACUCUGGCUUUGGCCAUGUGUGACCCAGGUUUGAGGCACAGACACAGCAGCGAGUGCGAAGAGGACAGCCUGCCUGAGAUCUACAUGGACAGCGGCCUGUCGACGCUCAGAGGUUCACAUGGAGGCUACGACUCAGAGCAGGAGGUCAAAGGACAAGAGGAGGAGGAGGAAGAGGAAGAGAGAGUGAAGAAGAAAGGGGAGGAUGACAACAAUGAUAGCAUGAUGGGAGAAAACUCUGACACUGAGCCAGCAGAGACACAGGACGGUGAAUCAGCUUUCGGCUCGGACAGCAGCUCAGUUUUGGAAUGGAAGCCCUCCGAAUCCUUUAGUAUGGUCAACCCCCCACCCCCAACUAAAAGAAAGGCCCUCAGUGCCAUCAGUGUUCAGAAGGAGGACAAGGACAAGUCUGACCUGGGUUACAUGACCUCAGAGAAGGCCUACAGGAUCGUAUUGGCUGGCGAUGCUGCCGUGGGAAAGUCCAGCUUCCUGCUUCGCCUCUGCAAGAACGAAUUCACACUAAACUCCAGCACCACACUGGGAGUGGAUUUCCAGAUGAAGACACUUAUCGUGGAUGGGGAGCCUGUUUCACUGCAGCUGUGGGACACAGCAGGACAAGAGAGGUUUCGCAGCAUUGCCAAGUCUUAUUUCCGCCGGGCAGAGGGAGUGUUGCUGCUGUACGACGUCACCUCUGAGAAGAGCUUCCUGAAUGUUAGAGAGUGGGUGGAUAUGAUUGAGGAUGUGGCCCAGGAGGAUGUUCCCAUCAUGCUUGUGGGUAAUAAGUGUGAUCUUAGACAAGAAGGAAUUGACUGUGUUCCUACCAGCUAUGGAGAAAAACUGGCCAUGACAUACAACACCCUGUUCUGUGAGACUAGUGCCAAAGAUGGCUCCAACACUUUGGAGGCGGUGCUGCACCUGGCCAGGCAGGUAACAAAACAGGCUACUUUUGAUGAAAAAACUCACUAUCAGUCAGUGACCAGCUUAAAUGCUCCCAGGAAUAAACCAAACUUCUCCUGCUGCAACUGAUCAAAGCCGUCAAUUCGUCUGACUUGAUGUGAACUCAGCACGGGUGGAAAAAGGAGCCCAAAUGCAGAAAUGAGACAGGAUCUCUGCAGCAAUGGGAACAAAUCAUCAUUGUGAAUAAAGAAAACAGUUUGACUUAUGGACUGAGUGAGGAAACGCGUGACAUGGGAUCACAGCAGAAUAUCCACAACUUCACAUCACCUCAGAAGUCUUUAUGUUAUUCAAGGUUAUUUAAACAUGAUGUAUUGAGAUGCAUUUCAGCCUCAGUUUGAACACUUCCUGUUUUAUGAAUUUGAGAAAGUCCAUGUAAACUUCUUGCCAUGUGAAAUUUCUGGGUUUUUUUUUAUGUUGUUGUUGUUUUAAUUACACUAUAAGUUCCUUCUACAUAUUUGGUUAACGGGGGCCGUGUUGUGGAGAUACUCAAGAGCAGAAGUAAAAUGUGCAAGAAUGAGUUGAAAGCGAAGCCAAGUGUAUGAGAAUGUUUUUAAAGCGACAUUAGUACGUGAUGCUGGCACAUAAUUUCAUGUGAUAGAGGACAGAAAGUUAUUGUUAUAGUGAGAAAGUAAGACCAAUAAGAUAUUCUCAUGUGAUAAUGCUUUUAUCUGUGGCAGUUAUCUAAUUACUUCUGAGCUCAGUUAUAAGCAGUCUAAGUGCUGGUUUGCAUGUUGUACGCCUGAAAGGAAACAAAAGUUAUUAAAGACUUGGAGGCGCUGAGAAUUGCGAGAGAACUUAAGAAAUGCUCAGCCUCGAACCCUGGUGCAACAUGUGAUUUUAAGAAACUUUGUGACAAAGAAAUAACCCACAGUCUUUAUUAUUUUACCCCACAGUGUUACAUUUCAUUUCAUUUGACUUCCUACUGAGGAUGACGUUGUCUUGUAGAAUUUAUACUUUUGGAGCAGAACAUCUAGCGGAUCAUUCUCAGUUUGCACGAAUGCCUGCCGUAGUUUCAUUAUCUGGUAUGAGUUAUGAAUUUAGUUUAAGCAUAAACAAAAGGUGGCAGGAAGUGAAUACCUUUUUUUUAUCCUUCAGUAUACAGUAUCCACAUGUGAUGUUCAGUAUGUCUGAUUAUUUCCAUUAAUAAUCUUAUCAUCCUGCUGAAGGACCGUGCAUAAUGGUUUUGACAUGCUUCAAAUAAGGUGAGAAGGUCAGCACAGUUUGAACUUCUUCCUAAACUUGUCUUUUUCAUUGUUCACACAGUUAUGUGUAGCAGUGUAGUGUCCGUCUUUUUCAUGUCCCUUUUUGCAAUUUUUCACAUCUUCAUCACUCUUUGUGUGACGGCAGGCUUUUCACCCACCUAAAGGUGCAUCCAUUUUGGAAACAUUUUGCCUUCAGACGGCACUUUGCAUGUGAAGCAUACAAACCAUUCAGACUGUGUCUACAGACGCCACGUGUGUCGCAUUGAUGUGUGACAGAACUGACCCUCGGCUUCACACUGUCCUUCAUUUUGAGGAUUAGUGUUAUCUCAGUGUGCAUGGAGCAUAGAAGCUAUUUAUUUCUUCACAGAUGUCUUUGCUGAUGUCAUAAGAAAUGCAAGGUAACAAUGGUCUGUGUCCGUGUUAAAAGUGUCUUUGUCAAUAAAAACUAUAAAGUGAAUGUCACAACAUAACAAGACUGGUAUCAUCCAGAUAAAACAAUAUAUAUAUCUUUUUUUUUUCAUUUGCAGGUUUGUUUAGGAAGUAGUGCAGUAAUUCUAGACAACUGCAUUU